CCUUUAUUAGUCGUUUAUACUCUAACCCCCACCCAAACAAUCUCACCCUAAAACCCCUCCGAUUUCUGGAUUUGGGAGGGGGGGAGAACAUCGACAAUCUCACUCUCUGUUCUUACAGAAACUGUCGUCUGAACCAGGAAACGAUGUUGGAGGAUCGAUCUAGUUUUGUGCCCAAGAACUGUAGCCGUGAAACCAAGAACAAUUGGGCUAAUGUGAAUGAUUAUGGGAUGGACCCACUAGAAUCGCAGCAAGGAAAGCGACCACUGGAAAUCAACCAAGAUGAAGAACCUGAUCACGCUACAAAAAUCUGCAAGAAAUUUGUAGGAAACCAUGGUUUACAAAUCCGAUUAGGAUUUGGUGAUUUUCCCAUGGCGCCACAUGAUCGAGAAGGUGAUCAUUCCAAGAAGAUCGACGAUCUAGAAUAUCCCAUCAUCCCACCUGACCAAUUGGAAAACCAACAUGAUUCAGUUUCAAAUUCCGAUCAUGAUUCGGAUAUGAAUAUGGAUUUGGAUACGAGUUAUCUGAUCCUUGACAUAGGUCGGGACAACACGAUCAACUGUCUGAUCCGUUGCCCACGGUCCACCUAUGGUGCCAUCGCAUUGCUAAACCGGAGCUUCUGUGACCUGAUCAGGAGUGGAGAACUCUAUAAACUAAGAAGGGUGAAUGGCGUAAUAGAACAUUGGGUUUAUUAUUCUUGCAAUCUGGUCAAGUGGGAAGCUUUUGAUCCAAUUAGCAGGAAAUGGAUGCUUCUACCAAAAAUGGCGGUUAACCCAUGCUUCCGGUUUUCGGAUAAGGAGUCCAUGGCGGUUGGGACAGAGCUGCUAGUUAUCGGCAAAGAAAUUAUGGGCGAUGUUGUCUACAAGUACAGUUUGUUGACAAACUCGUGGUCAUUAGGGAACCCAAUGAACUCUCCCAGAUGCUUGUUUGGGUCCGCCAAUCUUGGCCAGAUUGCAAUCUUUGCAGGCGGUGUGACUCGAAAUGGGGAGGUUUUGGAUGUAACCGAGAGUUACAACAGUGAGUCGGGAACUUGGGAGACGCUUCCAAGCCUGCUUAAGCCCCGAAAGUUGAGUUCUGGGGUGUUUAUGGAUGGUAAAUUUUAUGUAAUAGGAGGGAUUGGAGGAUCUGAUAUGGAGUCAUUGACAUGUGGAGAAGAGUAUGAUCUUGAAACCAAGAAAUGGACUGAAAUUCCCAACUUGGCACCUGGCCGUGUUGGGCCAUCAAUGGCUCCACCACUCGUUGCAGUGGUGAAUAACGAGCUAUAUGCUGCUGAUUGUUUUGGACUGGUAGUGAAAAAGUAUGACAAAAAGAAGAAAGAAUGGGAGACUAUAGGAAGAUUGCCUGAGAGCGCAGAAAAUGUGGACGGCUGGGGUAUUGCAUUUAGAGGAUGUGGGGAGCAUAUCAUCGUUAUYGGUGGUCCUAAAUGCGGGUUCAGACRUAUAGAAAUAUAUUCUUGGGUCCSUAGCGAAGGUCCGCYACAGUGGACCAUGAUUGGCCGGAAAAGGGCUGAUAACUUUGUUUACAAUUGUGCUGUGAUGGGUUGCUGAACCUUGUCUGGAAGAACUAAGCUGAGAAUUCAGGUAUCCCAGUAUUAGGCAAGGUUGCAUCACUUAGCGGCUUCUAAAGUUCUCUUUUAAGGUUAGUCGUAAAGUAUCCAGCAACAGCAAGGUCGAUGUUUACCAAUGAAUGGCUCAGCAGCAACAAUGGUGGUUGUGACAUUCUGGUGCUGACUGUUGGGGUUUUGCUUAGCGUUUAUUGGCUUAGUUGGUAUGUCUUUUAGUUUCUUUAUGUCCGUUGAUCUGCUAGU